ACACUGAAAGCUUUCCAUGCUGCAUAACCGACUGGAACCGCUUUCCCUCAGACCCUGGGAUCAAAAAUAUCUAUCGAUACGUUAACCGAUUUCCACCGGGAUGCAAAGAGCCGCUCGGAGAUUUCCUUCACCAUGGACAGCUACCAAGUUCAAACUCCUAUGAGUCAGACCAGGCCAUCUACGGCAGGGCUGAUUGAGCUCCAUGCCUAUCUUGUGCCAGAAGAACUCUGGAACCCCAAGCUGAAUAAAGUAUCCAUAGAUGUGAUCUGGAGAUUCGUUUCACUUGGAUUCAUAAGGGUACCGCCUGAUAUGAGGCUGCGGACACUGCGAGAGAAUCUGGCCGAGCUCCUGGGGGAAGAUGUUGUAACAGACAAAUUUGUGUUCUUAAAAUGCGUUGGAAGCAGUCUUGCUCUUGUAAAGGCAAGGCAAGAACCAGAGCUGAAACUGAAAGCUUUUGCUCCACCUUAUGCACGUGAACCGGAGUUAUAUCUUCUUCCUGGAGCCAGUAAUGAAGACAGCACAUACGGGUCAACUGUCACCCCAGAUCAGCACCAUUACCACACCGAAUACACUGGAUCUGAUCACUCUGUGACCACUGUUACUGCCCCCACGUGGGACAAGCCAGCACUGCAGCCAGCUGAGAACACUGUAACAUCACCGCCACCACCCCAAGAAGAUCAUGUCAGAAGGAGCUACAUAUGGAAUAGGAAGGGUCGGGAGAUUGUGCCCAUCUCCAAUCAAAUGCAAUACAAUGUUCAAAUUGAUAACAGCAUAUUGCCUCCAAUCGACUUAGGAAAAAUCUCCAAUGCUCCCAAUAAAAGAUCAGAAGCUGCCAACUACGAUGACACCAAGAAAUUGUCAGGUAGAAACACGACUGGGGAUUCUGGGAUUGAGCACUCCCUUCUGAGGGGGGAAACAGAUCGUUCUCACCGCAAACGACCUCAAGCAGAGCCGACACAUUACAAGCCUCCUCCGUCUCCACCACUUUUGCCAGAUUUCCCAACAAUUGAGCCACCAAAAUCCCAGAUGCCAGCACGUGAUGGAACGGUCCUGGAGCAGCUAAACCGGGAAAGGGCAGAGCGGAUCCAGCUGGAGAAAUUGCGGGAGGAACUGAUAAAGAGAACCAAAGCAUUGCUGGAGCAACAAAAACUCAGACGUCAGCGAGCAAGAGACUCCUGGAAAAAGAAGUAUUUUGAGACAAAGAAAGUCACGUCUGCCUUGGAGGAGACUCUAAACAAACUGAAAAAAGACCUGGAGGUUUACUACCAGAAGCUUCUAGGCCAGCUAGCAGCCCGCGACAGUAAGAAGCGUGCCAAGCACCCCACGCUGGCCGCCGAUUCCAAGAACUCUAUCAUUAUGAAGAUAACCACCAAACAGCAUGACCUUGAUGAGCUGAAGCGCAAGUUAGAGAACGCCAGGAUCAAGCUCCUCAUUGAAAUCAAGAUGAGGAAACAAGCAUCUUUGGAUCUGGAUGUACUAAAAGCUGAAUUAGCCCAGAAGAAGGCCCAGUCUGGAUUAUCCAACCCACCAUUGUAUUCCGUGUGA